CUAAACAUAAUCAUUAACAUGACAUAUUGGAUUUUGAUUUAAUAUACUUUUCUAACUGUUCACGCUCCGGCAGCAACACCCGCAGUGCUGUGUUGCGUCCGCGUGAACCGUGUUUGCGUCAGAGUGCGUUGGAGCUGAAGUUUCCAAGUGACUGUCUCCAAGAUGAAGGGCCGUGACACCGAGCGGACCCCAUCAGGACCGCCGCGGACUGUGAGGGCCGUGAUGGCGCAUCGGGCGUGUCAACCACUGCUUCCCACUGGGAACAAGUACCUGCAGCAGAAAUGGGACGAGGCUGCCUAUGAUUUACACAGGGGCAAGGUGAAGUCAGCCAAACCAACAAUAAACACGACUCCACCAAAGACCUACAGUCACCUGACAGCCAAGCUGAAGAACCUCAAGCUGGAGGAAGAGCGCGCGAUGAAGAUGCGGAGGGAAAACAAUAUGCUCGCGGAGAAAAUCGCGCACAUCACGAGGAUAGGUGGAGGUGUGGACAACAGGAACUAUUACGACGGAAAAAGCCUUGGCGAGAAGAAGCGACAGCUGGAGCUGCUCCGCAUUACCAAGGAGAAUCAAAAGAUCCUGUUCCGUCUCGGCCAGUGCAGGUCUCAUUAUAAUCGGAGGAGCUGGCACGAGGGCUGGCUCCAAACUCUCAAAGUGAUGGACAGCAUUGCGCAUUACCCACGAGGCAGAACAAGCCAGCAACAGGGCCCAGGAAACCCCGUAGAGAAGUGCGGCGAUCGUGAAGAGCAGAAGGUCAGCGCCGGUCCAACCGCACACAGUCCUGCAAGACCCAAGGCCGAGUGCAAGGCCGAGUCUGGGGGAAAGGAAAGGAUGAGAGGAACCAGCAAGAAAGAAGGUAGAAGAAGAGAGAGACAACUGGACAUAGCAACGUGCCCUGAACCAAAGGCACCUGAGAAACACACCCCACGGGAUGCGCCUGGGAAUCCUGCUUCUUGAAGAGGGAUACAAUGUGGUUUUCUAGUAGCAAAAGUGUGUCCUACAUUUACUAUUUGUACCAUCGGCAGUUUAAAAAAAGACUACAGAGAAACUGGACCUAAAUCCUGUAAAACUGCAUGAUAACCUUUUUUUGUAUUUUUUUCCUUUCACAACAACAAUAAAUAAAUCGAGUACACAUUUGUA